AGCGACUCGGCUACUAUAUGUCAAUGUUUACUAUGGUUCUAUCGAAAGACUUACCAACACUUGAGUUAGAUGCAAAAACGACCUGAAACAGAACCAAUUCAUCAUGUUCAAUGGUUCUAUUUAUCGAAUUUUGAUCUUUACGAUGAAACUUCCCCCAUGGAAAUGCCUGAGCCUCAGCGCUGGCGCAAGUUUUUGAAUCAUGACAAUCGCGCGUUGGAAGCAAAACAUAUAGAAAUUAAUAAUGCGAGUACUUCUCAAGAACCUAAUCAAAAAAAUAUAAUUGUGGGAGUAUCGGGUUUACAUGUUGUAAAUUUACCCACUCUGACAUUGAAACCCUUGUACUGGCCUAGUAGCCGAAGAAAUGACACUCUUCGUGUUGUUCGAGGGCUGUGGAUGUACCAGGAUACUGGAUUACCAGUAAUCGACGAAUUGGCAGAAAUUUUGGAAGAAGGGUAUCAACAGAUUAAGCCAUACAAUGUUAAUUGGGACAAACUGGAAAGUGAACUGGAAGACGAAAAUCAAGAGAGAUCUAGCAUUUUUUCUUCUGGAAGGCGGAAACCUUCCAAGGAUGCGAUAAGCCAAUUGCGAUGGUCAAUAAAACCUCCGUCUUCCGGAAAAUAUGUCUUAUAUGAAGAUGGUUAUCGAGCACUUCUAUGCCAAGGAGGAUUGCUUUCGUAUUUUUCGAAAGGAACACAGUCGCAGCGCACGGGAUUGAAAGGAAUUCCGGUAAUUCGAGAUUUUCCUUUGAAGGAAGAUGAUGGUUUCCGUGGUUUAAAGCAAGUUACUGAUCUCUUUUUGGUUGUUCACGGAAUUGGUCAGAAAAGAUCUGAAACUCAGGAACGCUAUCAAUUCACCAAAACGUGUAAUGUCUUCCGAUCAUUGAUCCAAAAACAGAAAAUAAUCAUGAAACAAAACCCUUUGUUAAGGGACGAUUAUGAACCUCAACUAUUGCCCAUUUGCUGGAGAAACAAGAUUAAUUUCGAUUCGUUUUUCCAGGUGACUGAGGACGACGAAAAUAGCGACGACGUCGAUCAAAACAGGUUUCAUAUUGAAGAUAUUGAAAUCGACAGCAUUCCAACUGUUCGAAGACUAUUUGGAGAUGUUAUGAGCGAUAUCCCUUAUUAUAUGUCUCACCAUAAAGAUUCUAUCAUUCGGUCUGUCAUCCGAGAAGCAAAUCGAGUCUACAGUUUAUGGAUAGACUGUAAUCCUUAUUUUAAAGAAAAUAAAGGAAGAGUCUUUAUUAUCGGUCAUUCUUUAGGUGCUACUGUCGUUUUUGACAUUUUAUCACUUCAACCUACAUUUGUAAAGGAGCUUGGACCCGAAGUAGAAGACGAUAAGUACUUCAAGUUUGACACGAAUGGAUUUUUUUGCUUUGGUGGACCUAUAGGUUUUUUCCUUCUAUUGAACCAAAAAAGCAUAAUACCCAGGAAAGGACGUGGGUCUAGUCGUUUCCCUGAAAAUGAUGAAUAUACGAGUAAGAAUGUCCCAAAUUCUUAUGCAUACGCAGAAAAUGAUCGUUAUGGGUGUUUAGCGGUAGAUUCUUUUUACAACGUUUACAAUUUUCUUGAUCCUAUUGCUAUGCGUUUGAAUCCUACCGUAGAUGUUAACUAUUCUAGAGGCAUCCUUCCAUCUAGACUCGUGUAUUCUCGAAAACCAUCGAGCAUUUUGAGGGUUAUUUCUCGGCCAAAUGACGCCCCAAUUCGACUCGUUAGUUAUCAACAGGCACUAAACCAGUUAAAAUCAGACGAGACUGGAAAUUCGUCUAUACUUCCAGAUGCCGAGCAAGAUGUUGAACUUCAAACUCGAAAUUUUAAGCAUGAAAAGAGAGCAAAAUGGAGGAUGCAAGAGUUGAACGAAAAUGGCCAAAUAGAUUAUGUCUUUACGAGUCAACAGGGCAUUAUUUCAAAUAAAUACUUAACAAUGUUAUCUGCACAUACCAGUUACUGGAACAACGAGGACUUGGUUUGUUUUUUGGUUGUUGAAACAGCCCGAAAAUUUGGAAUUGCAAAUUCCGUUGAACAAUUCAGGGGAAAACGUGCAUCUCAAAAUAAUGUUUCCUUACAAUAAGGUCUUUGUCAUUUGAGCCGAUGGAUAUGACUUUGAUUUAUUUACAUCUUGCUUGCUUAUGGUGUUGGAAAAGCUAAACCUGAGAUAUAUGUGACUUUAAGAUAGUUUUGCUAUUUCUAGGCAUUCUUCGUAAUUAAGAAUGUCUUUUGUGAAGAUGUUUUAAAGCAACGUUUAUCAAAUUCGCAGUUUCAAUUUUAUGGAGUGAGACACACCUUAAUUUGACAAAUGUUCCUUAUAAUGCCUAUAUUUAUUUACCCAUUAAUUUUUUUACGAUUAGAUUUAAUUUAAUAAAUACAACAAACAGUAUCUGGAAAAGCGACUUGACAAUACUGAGAAGCAUUACUAUAAAAAAGGACGAAAAAUACAUA